AAAAAACCUCUUGCCAAGAUUAACGAAAGGCCCAAAGGCUCAAACGCCCAAAAUUAGCAAACCGCCUAGACUUGAGGAAGCUGAUCAGGCAUCUCGGGAUCGACUCAUCGACACCCAGGCAUCUGUAAUCCUCGACCGGUCGAAGUGUCGAACUCCCUGCCAAAUCGCUGACUCCUCUCGCGGCUUCGCCUUCCGGCAGACAUCAGCACGCAGCACGGAAGCACCGCCACUCCGCCAGGCGCCAGCACCGCACCACGCCUCGUUAGUCGUAGCCUGCGGCACUCUGCCGCUCACCCUUCAGUGGUUCAGCCAAUCGGCCCUUCUCAAUUGUCACCUUCCCACCUUCCGUAGUUCCGAUGGCGAAUGGAUCUCAAAUCCGCCCCAAUAGCUCAGCACUUAUUGCAAUGAUUGCUGAUGAGGAUACCAUUACUGGAUUUUUACUGGCUGGAGUAGGCAAUGUGGACCUGAGAAGGAAAACAAACUAUCUUAUUGUCGAUUCAAAAACUACGGCGAAACAGAUUGAAGAAGCUUUCAAAGAGUUCACUACAAGAGAGGACAUUGCUAUAUUGUUAAUUAGCCAAUUUGUUGCCAACAUGAUAAGGUUUUUGGUGGAUGGGUAUAACAAGCCAAUUCCAGCCAUAUUGGAGAUUCCUUCAAAGGACCACCCAUAUGAUCCAGCGCAAGACUCUGUCCUUUCGCGUGUGAAGCACCUCUUCUCUUCUGAUUCUGUGGCAUCAGGAAGACGAUGAGGAGCUUGUAACAAAGUUUAUAUUUAUCUAUUUUCUUUCUGUUGUUCUGAGGCUUAUGUUGUUGUUACUUCUUCGCAUGUUCCCCUUGGGCUUGCAUGUCUAAUAAUACUUCGACUAUCAAACGUGGUGUUUUGUUUCACUGGGCAACAGAACAAGCUUCUUUGUGUGUGUCAGGUCGUCCUUAUAAAAGCAACUGGACCCAUCUCUUAAUUCUAAAUAAUGUUUGUAUUCUUUCAGUCUAG